GUCGGGUGACUUUUCAAAAUUGGAAUUUCGAGGUUAUGGGUUUGUGUCAGAAGCUUGACGGUCUUUGUCAACCAAAAACCAGAAGAUGGGUUGGGAUUACUGUUGGAAUACUGGAACUAUUUUUUUUUUGGAGGAUAUUACUACGGUUUCAAUUCCCUUAUACCAGCUUGGAAAUCAUUAGGGGUGUCUGCAUAUAAUUGUAGUAAUGCAACGAACACCUGUUUAUAUGAUGACUCUAUAUUUGGAAAUGGUUUUAUUGUUUGGAUUGUCACGCAAAAUUGUCUUAUUUCAUUCUCUGGUAUAUUCAUGGAUAAAGUUGGAUUAAGGGCUUUAAAGUUGGUAGCUAUAACCAUGUAUUUUGUUGGAACACUAUUAUUUGCCUUUAUUCAUAGGGAAACAGAACCAUUGUAUUAUAUUGCCGGUAUAUUGGUCGCUAUAGGAAGUACUUCAAAUCUUAUAUGCAAUCAACAUAUCACUUCGAUGUUUCCAAAAUAUCGAGGGUUCGGAAUAUCUCUUCUCUCUGGUGCUUUUGACUCUAGCACACUAAUAGCAUUUAUACUUUCUGAAACAUAUUCACAGUUUUCAUUACAGAAAUCAUUCAUUAUCCUAGCGAUUGUCUCUAUAUGUGUUGGUCUAUUCAUGGCUACAUUUAUUUUAACCACAAGAUCAGAUGACAUGAGAAAAUUUGCAAACAACUUUAGCGAUGCUGUAACAAGUGAGAAUGUUGGUGAACAGGAGAAACUGUCUCAAGGAUGCGUCAGGGAUAAUAAUGAAAACACGCCAUCAUUGGAUAAAGAGGCAAAAAAUAUUGAAGUAUCUAGAAGAAUCAAAAUGAUAAUAGACCUCCGUUAUCAAUCAAUAAAAGAUUGUAUAAUAUCGCUACCAUUCUUGCUUAUUACAAUAUGGUUUAUGCUUGGAUUAUUUCGUUUUUCAACAUUUCUUGGACAAUUACAACGUAUCAUAAACGAAUUGUUUCCAAACGACAUAAUAACCAUUGAUCAUCUAUUGCAAAUUUCAUCAGCAUUUUCAAUGUGUGGAUUUUUAGCCGCUCCAAUUACUGGUUUCAUAAUGGAUAUAUCGCAAGCCUAUUGUAGGCGAAAAAUUAUGCGAAAUGACUAUAAUAUAAAUGACCAGCAUCAUAAAAAUCAAAUUUAUUAUACAUAUAUAUUCGGUUUAGCGCCUGCACUACUUUUUAUGGCAUUUUGUGCUAUGCUCAUAAGUUGUUUAAUAUUCAUACCGAAUCGUGUGGCUUAUUAUUUUGCAUUUCUGUUUUUUGUUAUGCUACGUUCAUUGUUAUUUAGUGCAUCUGUAGGCUUUUGCUUGACUGCUUUUCCUGUACAUUACUUCGGAACAGUAUGUGGUGUAUUAAAUUCAAUCGGUGGUAUAUUCAGUCUAUUACAAUAUGCAUUUCAGUAUACAAGUAGCGCAGAAAUAGCUAAUAUUAUCAUAACUAUUUGUUCUGUUGGCUUAUUUAUACCGCCUGUUAUUCUGUUUAAAAUGAAAAGUCGGUAAAUUUAGGAGGAAAUCUCGAACAACAGACAUUAUUAUUCAGUGUAUGUAUGCUCUACUUUUUUAAAAUUGAUAAUCCUCAACACAAUGUACUCUUAAUUUGUAGUUACUUGUUGUAUCUGUAUUUAAAGUGUCUCACGCAAUAAAAAACAAUGAGUUUAAAGAGUUUUUAUGUAAUUGCAUCAAGUUAUGUAUACUUUUAAUACUACACUGGCUUUGAUACUCUUUUUGGUGCUUAUCUCUUUUUUUAUCAAUAGUAGAAUUUCAAUUUUCACAUUUUCGUUUCCAUGAUUUCGCAUUAUUCUUGCCUAAUUUGUCUACAGAACGUUUUUUUGAAAAAAAAUAAACAGGAUAAAUUUUUUCUAUUCAUAAAUGAUUUAUGCUUAAUAGAAUGGUCUAAUUUACAGUAAUUGUAUAUAUAAACAUCAUUUCACUCAGAAUGAUGUUUCAUUAAAUAUAGGCAGAAUAAAUGUACUGGAAUGUUCAUCAUACGUUAGAGUAAUUUGCUAAAUGUAUUUACAUUCUAGUGUUUAUGCUUCCACUAAGAAUCAAAUGCAUUGGUUACCUUGAUGUAAAUGCUGUAGAGGUGUCCAGUGAGAUCGUCCCAUUCGUUAAUAAAAAAUGUAAUUUUACAGUAGAGACAGUUGAAUUUUGGGUUGAAAAAUUAGCGGGUAUUUCAUCAUUUACCUAAAACACACGUAUUCUGAUCAUAACUGACAGAUAUAAUUAAUUAUACAUUUUUAAUUUCAUUUUAGCGACAAGAGAUUACGACAAUCACAAUAAUUCUUAAUGCUUUUGAACACUGGUGUGAGCCAUUUAAAUAAAGUUUCCUCAAUAAUUUCCUUACGUCAAUAAUAGUUAACCAAUAGAAAUGACAGUGACAAACAUAAAACAAUCUUUUAAAGCUUAUCGAACUCUUAUGGGAGUUUUUCCUAAAGUUUCAAAUACUGUUAUUUUCAGUCCUGAGACAAAUAUGUCCUAAUAAUUCUCAGAAAUGUAUGUUAUAGGAAUUUGAAGUGAAGGUAAGUUAUUCUGAACACGUCUUCAGACUUUAAAAUUGGUGCUAUUGAUAACUAUUAUUCAUUUACUCUUCAAAUGUCUCAUGCAUAUGAGCCUUACAUGUAUGAAUAAAGAGAACAGUGGUUUAUUUGUCAAUAAAUUCUAUCGACU